GAUAAUGCGUUCGGGUUGCAUUAUGGGAAAGUGUCAAGUGGAUGUGAAGGCUGUAAAUAUUGCAGUAUGAAUGUGAUUGUGCAGUUUGUACAACAAUAAAUCCGAUAUAAACAGCAGUUUUUGAGUUCCGAUGGCGUGUAAAGCACCUUUUACUGAUUCUGAUGCUGCUGAUGAAGCGGUCAGAUCAACCUGCGAUGAUGCCUCAACAUGCAAAAGAUUUGCAACAAGUAAGGGUUACUGGACAGACCCUUACAUACAAUAUUUUGUGAGGCAGACAGGUGAACGCAAGGCACCUGAGAUCAACAGAGGUUAUUAUGCUCGUGUCCAAGGAAUGAAUCAGCUACUUGAUGCUUUUCUUAAGAAGACUCAGUGUGAGUGCCAGGUGGUGAAUUUCGGCGCAGGACUGGACACCACCUUCUGGAGACUGAAGGCUGAGAACAUGUUGCCGAAAAAGUUAUUUGAAGUUGAUUUUCCUACCAUUGUUGCCAGGAAAAUACACCAUAUCAGGACUAAACCUCCUUUAUCAAAGCCCUUGAUUGAGACUCAUUCAUCAGAUUCACUUCUGCUAGACGGUCACAGCCUGGACUCAGACAGAUUCUGUAUUAUUGGUGCUGAUCUCAGAGAUCUUCAAGGAUUAGAGGAGAAACUCCGAAAAUUCCACAUAAAUACAGAACUGCCGACGCUGUUCAUGUCUGAAUGUGUGCUGGUGUACAUGACCGCAGAACAAUCCUCCAGACUGGUACACUGGGCUGCCCACACCUUCAACACUGCCAUGUUCAUCAACUAUGAACAGGUAAACAUGGCUGACCGCUUUGGACAGAUCAUGAUUGAGAAUCUACAGAGACGACAGUGUACUUUGGCUGGGGUGGAUGUGUGCCAGUCAUUAGAUUCUCAGAAAGAGCGCUUCCUGUCCACAGGAUGGGAGAGUGUGAACGCACUGGAUAUGAUGGCAGUGUAUAGCCUGCUUCCUCAGGAAGACAUAAGCAGAAUGGAACGAUUGGAGUUUUUAGAUGAGAAAGAGCUGCUCCAGCAGCUUCUUCAGCACUACAGUAUCUGCUGGGCUGUGAAGGAUGGGCUCUGUUUGGGCUUUUCGCAAAUUGGGUUUUAAGCAUGACUGAGACCAGGCUGGGAAGAUUUGUCUUUGUGCCAAGGUCAACAUGAAACGGAGGAAGUCAUUAAACGUAUUUUUCCUUUGUUACGUCAAUAAAAGAUGAGACCACAA